CUCGAGCCGGCGAGGCUCAAAAUCGCCCCUUGACACCGUACGUGAUCCGCCGCCCGGGACGCUGUGGCCGCCCAUGGGCCGCGCGAGCCCCGGCGCCCCCUGGCUGUGGGCGUUGCUGCUCUCCGCCCUGCCGCGCGAGGCGCUAGGAGCGCGCUCUGGCGAGGACGUCUCGAGGAGGGUCCAGCCGCGGCGGCCGAGGGGUCUCCACAACGACGCCCCUGGCGGCAGAAGACCACCGCGCUCGUGCUCUGCGGCUCGCGGCGGAUGCGAGAGUCAAGCUCUGGGCCCGGCCGGGAGGGCGUGUGCGCCGACCUCGGGCCCAGGACGGGUUCCGGCCAGGGCUCCUCGCGCCAGCGUUCGCGGCUUGCGCGCUCCCCCACAGGCUGGGGCGUCCUCGCCACCGUGGUGGACCACCUGCCCGGCCCCCUCCACCGGUGGUUCGGCGCGGAGGCUGCUGCGCCGUCGUACGGCGCCGUUCAGACCAUGGCGCCGCUGACGCCUCUGGUCCUGAGCCGCGAGGACGGCCCCCAGCCGCAGAGGCAGAGCCUGGUGCAGAUCGGGGCCGUCCCCGUCGCCCGCACGGCGCCGCAGGCGCGCUCCCAGUACCUGCGGGGCAGCGCCCUCGAGCCGCUGGACAUCAGGCCGCUGGGCGCGCCGGAGCGGGCGCCGCGCAAGCCGGCAGCCUCUGGCGUCAGGCACGCCGCCGCGGCGCGGGGAAGCCCGGCCGCGGCCGCGCUCGCGCUGCUGCAGCGGGACGUGCAGGGCCGCCGGAGCCGCGCGAGCCUGCUGGCGCCGGCCGCGCGGCCGGGCGCCGGGGUGAGCCACCCGCAGAAGCUGCGCGCGCGGGCUCGCGCGGCCGCGGCGAACGCGCAGGCCUCGGACGUGGCGGACACGUGAGGCAUCGGCGCUUGUGCAAGCCCGACGCUGUGGUCUGCGCGGUCUGGCCUGAAACGAAGACGACGACGACAACGACGACGACGAUUCUUGGGAGAGUCGCUGUCGGCUGUACAGCUGCGGCUGGAUGGGCCGGCUGACGCCAGCAGCGGGCGGUCGCAGGAUUCAGCCACGAUGUUGGCGACGGCGGAUCAGCAUGUGCAGCCGCGUAAAGGUGGCGUCGGUUGCGGAG